AUGAAUAUUGCAAACAUUGCAGGAGAAGCCAGAAAAGAAGCAGAGAACAAACUGGAAAAAGUCAUGGUGUGUGUAAACUACUUAGUGGACAGGCUGAAACAGAGCAGCGAGCAGAUUGUAACAGACAAAACACUGAGGGAGCUGAUGCUUCUGAAGAUUCUUCUGGAAGAGAACAGAGAAAGCAUAGAAACAGAAGAGUACCACAACCUAUCGAUAGACAUAGAGAAGAACAAAAGCAGAAUAAAAGAAAACAAAGAGUAUGCUAUGAUAAGAUCGAAGAAGCACACAGACAUAACAGUAGAAGAAACAGUAGAGGGGAACAUCUGUUUAAUAACACAGAAAGAGAUAGAAGAAAGAGUGGAGGCACCCUGCGGGCACGCAUUCGACAAACAAGGGCUGAUCUUUCUGUACAACAAUACAAAGGGAAAAAAGAAGUUUCAGUGCCCGUAUGUUGGAUGUAAGAGCAAUUGGUAUGCACUGAAGUAUAAUCCACUGAAGAAAUGA